AUGUUAAUAGCGGCUGUGAUUGGCGUUAGCAGUUCCGCUGUCAAGUCUGAAAUAAUAGACAAUUCUGUAGAAGAUCUCGAAUCCGAGCAAACAUACGUCACUGGCAACAAUGUGAUUGCAGGAGAAUUCGAUUCAGAAGACCAAUUAUUACACAGCAUUGAAAAUAUUGCUAAGAUGAAAUCCCAAGUUUUGUUCACUGUGUUAGCCAUUUUGGCUGCUAACGUCAACUGCACAGUGAUUCAGCCUAGCCUGGAAUUGAAGAGUUCUCCAGUGAAAUUUGCAGAAUUAGGAGAGCCGGUUGAGUUGAUUGAAUAUAAUGAAGAAGUCAGGAAUGAAGAAGAUGGCGAACCUGUACAGUACAUAGAAAGUUUUGAAGAAAUAGAACUUGGAUCUCAAACGUAUCCAGAGGUUUUCUCGAGAAUAGUUCAGCCUAGGAACAGUGUACUAUUAAGGGUAGUACACAGAAGAUCAGCGGUGGCGAACACAGUUCAUGUACUUAGGGUCAACUACCGUGGCAGAGCAAGCACCAGAAUCUCCUCUGUUCGAGCUGCACAGAUUGGCGCAAACCUCGGGGCGAUUGGACGCGUUGUAGCUGGCGGUGUUGGCAGGAACUUUGCCACAGUAGAGUUAAGGUCAGCAAGGGGCCGCGGCUUCAAUAUUCAAGUUGAUAUUUUGGGCCGAUUCUAA